AUGCCCCGCGUCAGGAUGGAGAAACCUUCAGCGCUCAGAGCAUGCCAGGGUCUUGGUGAGGCACGGGUGGCCUCCAAGAUCUCCCAAAAACGAAGGGUUUCACCGGCAAAAGAUGCCCCCAAGGCAUUGAAAGCGGUGGAAGGCACUGGCGCAGCGCCAAAACCAGUGCCUUCGCAAGCGCCAGCACAAGAGGCUCCCGAAGUGAAGGAAGCACCAGGCCCUGCGGAUGUUGCACAGUGGCAGGUGGGGAAGCAAGGCGUGAGCGACAUUUCUCCUUCGUCGGACCAGCGCUUGCUGUUGCGAGCGCCGGAGUCGGGCAUGUCGAAGGAUGCCACGGUGCCUGCAGAUGGAGCAGAGGUAACUCUGAACCUGGAAAUCUUCGAGCUCUCCGCUGCCGCGCCUGCGCAGCGUUUUUCGGCCCGCGGCCUGCGCGCGCAGGCGGGCAGUGGCCACGUGCAGCUGCCGGAGGAACUCGAGAAACCUGGCAGGCUGAUCAUUCCGUGUGUGAAACCCGGGGGCGUCUUCCUGGCUCACAGUAAGAAGUUUGGAGAGUUCGGCCCGCUCCCUGAGACGGGCAUGUGGCAAUCUUUGUCGACUUGUGUGGACAAGGAGGUUUUGAUGAAAGUGGAACUGUUGGAAGCCCAAGAUCUCUGUCUGGCCACCCUGGAGGGCCACGAGCGCUUGGAGUAUGCCAAAGGCCGCAAAGACGCCGCGGCCGGCUACUUCAAACGUGGCAAGUACGAGGCGGCACUUGAGAGAUACAGCUUGGCUGCUGAGAUGCUCCAGGAUCGUGCUGAUAUCAAGGAUACCUCCUUGUACUCGCAAGCGAAAGAGGUGAGAUCUGCCUGUGAGUUGAAUGCGGCCGCAUGUUUGCUGAAGCUUGAGAAGUGGAGAGACGUUGAGGCUGUUUGCAAUGCCAUUCUCAGAACGAAUCCAGUCAAUGAGAAGGCUGUGGCGGCCUUGUUCCGGCGCGGCAAGGCCCUGCUGGCACUGGGCCACGGGGACCGGGCGGAGAAGGACCUGAAGCAGGUGCUGGAGGCGAUGGUGAGUUUCUUGUGUGUGUUUUUUUUUUUUUUUAAACAUUGUUAG